AUGGCACGUCAGGGUCUCAGCUGGAGUUACUCGUGGUCAGGCAGCUUUCCAGACUUCAUCAACUGGCUGCCAACACAGCUUCUUGUUCUUUGCGAGGUCUGCCCAAGGAUUGACUUCUGGGGUGUGCAGGAACCUUGGUCUAGAUUUUACUGUCUGUUCAUCGAUGGAUCAAGCUGGAUCAACUGGUUCACGGUUCACGCUGGCUCUUCAGUGGAUCAUCUGGUUCAGGUUCAGUCUGGUCUUCAGCUGGAUAUUGUCAAGUUCACGUCUGGCUCUUCAGCUGGAAUCCAUCUGUGUUCAAGGUUCACUUCUGGACAGGUAUCCCAGCUGGAGUAUCGCGGCCAGGCAGCCUUCCAGGUUGAAGCAGUUGGUUGCCAAUACUGCUACUGGGGCUUCUUCUGGAAAAAGGGAUUAGCUUCACCCGGAAUCAACCCUUCUCUUGGAUUCAUCUGCAGAAAAUUAGCUUCUCAUGCUGGAAAUAAUGGCGAAAGUGUUUCAGUAAUUUUGGCUGGAAAUGCUGUGCCAGCUGGAGUCACUCGUGGUCAGAUCCAGGUCUCUGUCCCUGCUACCAGCACCUCUGGAAUCAGUUCUGGCUCAACCUUUACAUCUGGUGCAUCCAUUGGGUCUACAAGUGGAUUGACAUCGUCAGUUGGUUCCUCCUCUGGCUUCACAUCUGGCUCAUCAUCUGGUUCUAGCUUCACUUCUGGCUCAUCUGCUGGAUCAGCUGGCUCUGGCUUCACUUCUGGCUCAUCUGCUGGAUCCUCUGGUUCCAGAUUUACCUCUGGUUCAUCAACUGGGUCCACCACAUCUUCAUUUACCUCUGGUACAUCCACCAAGAUUCAUGCAGGAAAGGUUGGUGACAGUGUAGCAGUUAUUCUAGCAGGACAGGGUAUCCCAGCUGGAGUCACUCGCGGCCAGGCAGCCUUCCAGGUUGCAGCAGUUGGUGCCAAUACUGCCUCUGGGGCUUCUUCUGGAAACAGCGGAUCUAGCUUCACCUCUGGAUCAACCUUCUCUUCUGAUUCCUCUGCAGAAACUAGCUUCUCUGCUGGUUCUGCUGAAACUACAGGAUCUCAGUUCACAUCUUCUGCUGGUACCUCCUCGGGAUUAUCUUCCUCCACUUUCACUUCUGGAUCCACAUCUGGUGCCACAACUGGAUUCUCAUCUGGAUCUUCUGCUUCCACCUUUGCAGGAAAUAAUGGCGAAAGUGUUUCAGUAAUUUUGGCUGGAAAUGCUGUGCCAGCUGGAGUCACCCGUGGUCAGAUCCAGGUCUCUGUCCCUGCUACCAGCACCUCUGGAAUCAGUUCUGGCUCAACCUUUACAUCUGGUGCAUCCACUGGUUCUGGUUUCAAUGCUGGAUCCACUAGUGGAGUAACAUCAACCAGUUCCUCUGCUGGAUUAUCUGGUUCUAGGUUUACCUCUGGUUCAUCUACUGGAUCAAGCUUCACUUCUGGGUCAUCAGCUGGAUCUUCAGGUUCCAGAUUUACUUCUGGCUCAACAACUGGAUCCAAUACAUUUACAUCUGGCACAUCAACCAAGAUUCAUGCAGGAAAGGUUGGUGAGAGUGUGGCAGUGAUUCUGGCUGGCCAGGGCCUUCCUGCAGGAGUUACUCGUGGCCAAGCAGCUUUCCAGACAUCAUCACUUGCCGCUAAUGCUGCUUCAGGAAGCUCCUCUGGUAAUGCUGGCUCAAGAUUCACUUUGGGAACAACUUCUACAUCCGAUUCAUCUGCCGAAUCUAGUUUCUCUUCAGGGUCAACAAGUACCACUGGAUCUAAAUUCACAUCAGCUUCCAUUGGAUUAUCAACUGGUUCAACAUCAUCUUCAGGUUCCACCACUGGAUCUUCUGGAUUUACUUCUGGCUCCUCAGCUGGAUCCUCUGGUUCCCGAUUUACCUCUGUUUCAUCAACUGGAUCCAGAACAUCUUCCAUUUCUGGCACAUCAACCAAGACCGUCGGUGGAAACGCUGGUGAGAGUGUGGCAGUGAUUUUGGCUGGACAGGGUAUCCCAUCUGGAGUCACUCGUGGUCAGGCAGCUUUCCAGAUUGCUGGAGUAAAUACUGCCUCAGGAGUCUCUUCUGGAAAUGCUAUUAAAUCUAGUUUCAUUGCUGGGUCCACUGGUACCACAUCUACUGGAUCAUCAGCUGUUACUUCCUCUGCCGGAUCAUCUGGUUCUAGAUUCACUUCUGGCUCAUCAUCAUUCUCCUCUGGUUCUGGCUCUGGCACUUCUCGAUUGUCUGCUUCAACUUCGGGAGCUGGACAAGGAUCCUCCUCUACCUCUGGAUUUAACUUUGGCUCAUCAAGCAAAUUCUCUUCUGGUUCCUCAACUGGUAUCACUACAGGAAACGCUGGGGAGAGCGUAGCAGUCAUCUUGGCAGGUCAGGGUCUUCCAGCUGGAGUUACUCGUGGUCAGGCAGCUUUCCAGACUUCAUCACUGGCUGCCAACACAGCUUCUGGUUCUUCUGGAGCGUCUGCCUCAAGAUUGACUUCUGGUGUGUCAGCAGGAACCUCUGGGUCUAGAUUUACUUCUGGUUCAUCAUCUGGAUCAAGGUUCACAUCUGGCUCUUCAGCUGGAUCAUCUGGUUCCGGUUUUACCUCUGGUUCAUCAACUGGAUCCACAUCUUCAUUUACCUCUGGUACAUCUUCAGCUGGAUCAUCUGGUUCAAGGUUCACAUCUGGCUCUUCAGCUGGAUCAUCUGGUUCAAGGUUCACUUCUGGUUCAUCGACCAAGAUCCAAGCAGGAAAGGUUGGUGACAGUGUAGCAGUUAUUCUAGCAGGACAGGGUAUCCCAGCUGGAGUCACUCGCGGCCAGGCAGCCUUCCAGGUUGCAGCAGUUGGUGCCAAUACUGCCUCUGGGGCUUCUUCUGGAAACAGCGGAUCUAGCUUCACCUCUGGAUCAACCUUCUCUUCUGAUUCCUCUGCAGAAACUAGCUUCUCUGCUGGUUCUGCUGAAACUACAGGAUCUCAGUUCACAUCUUCUGCUGGUACCUCCUCAGGAUUAUCUUCCUCCACUUUCACUUCUGGAUCCACAUCUGGUGCCACAACUGGAUUCUCAUCUGGAUCUUCUGCUUCCACCUUUGCAGGAAAUAAUGGCGAAAGUGUUUCAGUAAUUUUGGCUGGAAAUGCUGUGCCAGCUGGAGUCACCCGUGGUCAGAUCCAGGUCUCUGUCCCUGCUACCAGCACCUCUGGAAUCAGUUCUGGCUCAACCUUUACAUCUGGUGCAUCCACUGGUUCUGGUUUCAAUGCUGGAUCCACUAGUGGAGUAACAUCAACCAGUUCCUCUGCUGGAUUAUCUGGUUCUAGGUUUACCUCUGGUUCAUCCUCUGGAUCAUCUGGUUCUAGGUUCACUUCUGGCACAUCAGCUGGAUCCACCACAUUUACAUCUGGCACCUCUACAAAGACCGUUGGAGGAAAUGCUGGUGAGAAUGUGGCAGUGAUUCUGGCUGGACAGGGUAUCCCAUCUGGAGUUACUCGUGGUCAGGCAGCUUUUCAGGUUGCUGCAGUAAAUGCUGCUUCUGGAGUCUCUUCAGGAAAUGCAGUUAAAUCUAGCUUUCUUGCUGGGUCAACUGGUACCUCAGGAACUAAAUUCUCAUCUACUGGAUCAUCAGCUGGACUAACAUCAGCUGUUACUUCCUCUACUGGAUCAUCUGGUUCAAGAUUCACUUCUGGCACAUCUACUGGAUCCACCACAUUUACAUCUGGCACAUCGACCAAGACUGUUGGAGGAAAUGCUGGGGAUAGUGUAGCAGUAAUUCUAGCUGGUCAGGGCCUUCCUGCAGGAGUUUCUCGUGGCCAAGCAGCUUACCAAAUCUCAUCAGCUUCAGUCACAGGUAACUCAGGAGGUAGGGGUGGUGUCUUUUCCCAAAACACAGGUUCCUCUUCUAGAUUCACAUCUGGCACUGGAUCUGCAGGAAUUAGGUCAUCAACAGGAUCUAGUGCUGUAAGAUCAAGCUCAGUUAACAGUGGCAGACUUACCACCAAAGUGUCUUCUAGUUCAUCAAAAACAUCUGGAGGUUCAUUUGUGACAGGCAUUAACAGAAGCAGUUCUCUAAGAACAUCCACUAACAGAUCUAGUGGGCGCAACCCAAUUCCUGAUGUAAAGAGUGUUGCCGUGCUUCUUGCUAAACCUGGUCAACUUUAAGUUGAAGCUCUAAAAAUAUCAACACAGGAGCAAAUGCAAGCUGAC